CACGUUUUUCUGGCGUGGUCCGUAGUGCGUGGUUAGCUCGAACGUUGCUCUGUCUUGCUGCAGGUUUCUUUGGGGCUUUCGCUUUAGGCCUAUCGGGACAGGUUUGUCUAGAUUGCACCUAGAGCGUACCGUAAGUCAUGGCAGUAAGCGUUAUUGGAUCCGUGACCCGAGUUUGUCUAAAACCGGCACGAUACACUGUUGUUACAAGGGCGCUGAAACCUAUAAGUGAGCCCGCCUACAAGUCCAUGUCCAGCUCUACUCUGUCCCGCACACUGGCGUGCCGGCGCUUUGCAAGAUCGAGCCCCGUGCGGCCGGCGGUCUGCAACUACAGCCAAGCAAGUACUAAAGGUGACCAGGAGCUUGCCGACUUUCUCGUGGAAGAAAUCGAAGCCGAGAAGAAGGCAAGGAAGUCAACGCAGAUUCCGAAGAUCGAAGGAUUUGACGUUAAAACAGAGGGAUCCGAAGUUACCUUGACGCGAUCCUUCAACCAGGAAACGAUCACUGUUCGCCUAAAUGUGAACCAUUCUGUGGAUGCAGAGGAUGCAGCAGAUGAAUUUACUGCCAGCCAGGAUAAUGCACCUGAGCCAGGAGAGAUGAAAUCCAAGCCCAACUUUACCGUCGAAAUUGAGCGCGGUGGAAAGAAACUUUACUUCAGCUGUACCUUCAACGAAGGGGCUGAACCUGAGGGUCAGUCUGACAACUAUGCUGACAGCUUUGGUGUUGCUGAGUUUGCUAUCUAUGAAGGAGAAUGGACAGACGAGGUCUACACUGUGUCUGGUGACAUCAUGGAUGGGUAUCUGUAUGACCUGCUCAUGAACAUGCUUGAGGAACGUGGAAUUUCCAGCGAGUUUGGUUACAAUCUUGUCAACUUCUGCACCAUCUAUGAACAUAGUCUUUACAUUGGCCUGCUGGAAAAGCUGAAGGACUUUGUCUCAAAAAAGUAGAGCUGUGCUUCAUCAUCCUGAAGCCUGUCCGCUACGACUCUUGUAGUACCAUGCCUGUAUUGAUGUAGAUACAUUUAUAUCCUGUGAGUAAGCAGCAUAUGUGGACGCAGUCCAUUAUGUUGCUAAUACGUCUGUUUAGUGUGUAUUCUGUUGAAGCUUUCACUCUGUUCACACAAACAAAAAUUUCUUUAAUUGUAAACAAUAAAUGUUACUGUGGAAA